GACCCCCGAUUGGUGGAUUGAUUUCUGUCACGUGAGCGGCACAGUUGGUCGCGCGCUCGGUCGCUAAGGCAGUUGGUGGCAGUGGAGCUGGGUGACAGCGGGGCCGGCAGCGCACGUUGGGCAGGCUCUGCAGCAUAGCUGGAAAAACAGCAGUUUACUGAAGCUCUUUAUUACCAACGUUGGACUGCACGUGCAGAUUAAAGUAUGGCAAUGGAGAUCAACUUUCUAAGAGAUCAAAAUCAUAGACUAAAUGCAGCACUCAGACAGCAUCAAGCAGAGAACCUUUUGAGGACUACCUCUGUGCAAAAAAAUGUCGUAAGGGGUGAUGACACAGAGGAACCGUGGCUGACUGACCAAAGCUUACUGUCCCCUCUAAUUGCUGAGUAUGAUAAACAUCUGGAGGAAAUGAGUGAACAGCUGCAGUACUAUCGGACACAGAUGGGUGAGAUGAGACUAAAACUUGAACAAGUCACCAAGGAAAAUGAAAGACUGCACGAGGAAUUGAAAGAGGCUGUUGAGAAGCAGCUGGAGGCCCUUCCUUCUGGCACUCUCUUGGGGAGUGAUGUGUUUGCAGAUGAAGAAAUAGUAAGAAACCUUCAAGAUCAGUUACAACUAGCCAAUCGAAAAAAGGAAAUAGUGAUGAGGCAAGAUAGCAAAGCCUUUCUACAUCCAUUGGAAAAAGAGCAAGCACUAGAGCUCUGGCAGACAGUAUCACAGGAACUAGAUCAACUCCAGCAGCAGUACCAGGGGCACAUGACUGAAGCACAGAUUCAUGUGGUAGAAAGGCAAAAGCAAAAAGAUCAGUUGGCUGGCUUUCAACAACUGACUGAGCAACUUCGAUUAGCCAACGAGAAAACACAGUUGACUAACCAACAAUUUUUGAAAACAGUAACAGAACAGAAUAUGGAACUAGAACAGCUACGCAAACAACUGAGGCAAGGCAAAGUAGAUGUGAGAACAGCAACUGCUAAAGUUGAUGAAAUGACCAAAUUGUUAGUGGACCUUCAAGCCCAGAUGGAGAGAAAGGAAGAAGAUGUAGUAUCUGCUCGGGAGAGAGAGGAAGCAUCAGACAAACGCUUGCAGCAAUUGCAAUCUAGCAUAAAACAAUUGGAGACAAGAUUAUGUGUAGCUGUACAAGACACUGAACAGUUGAGAACAGAGAGGGCUGUUCUCGAAAAACAAACCAGAGAACUACAGGCAAAGUGUGCAGAUCUAGAAGAGGAAAAAUAUGAUGCUAUAGUAAAAGUCCGAGACAGCAUGCAACUCUUAGAAGAAGCUAACCUACAAAAAAAUCAGGCCAUGCUCGGAGAGAAGCAAAAAGAAGGGGAGAUAGAAAAUAUGAAAGAAGCAAUUUCUCAGCUUGUACAAGAUGCUGCUGCAAGAACUAGAAAGGAAAUUCAUGAACAUUGUUCUAAAGAAAUCUUUCAUAGUGCAGAGAUGUUAUGCAAGGUAGAGAAUGCAAGGAAGCAUUACAAUAUACAGAUUUCUCGAUUAACAGAAGAACUUUCUGCUCUUCAAAUGGAAUGUGGAGACAAGCAGAGUCAAAUUGAACGGGCCAUUAGAGAGAAGCGAGCAGUGGAAGAAGAACUUGAGAAAAUUUACCGUGAAGGCAGAGGAAGUGAAUGUGAUUACAGAAAACUGGAGGAACUGCACCAAAGGUGUCUGAUUGUAGAGCGUACAAAAGAUGACCUUCAGCUGUGUCUACAGGCGGCACGAAACAAAAUUAAACAACUGGAAAUGAACUCCGAGGAAGAGAUAUCUCGUUGCCAGGAAAUGGUUCACAAGCUGCAAAGCAUUCUGGAUUCUGAAAGAGAAAACUCUGGCUCUAUCAGUGAACAAAGACUAAAACUUCAUCAAGAAAAUGAACAGUUGCGUAAAGAAGCAGAGGACUUGAGGAAACUGGCCAUGGAGGCACAACAAAAAGCUAAAUUAAAGAUAAGCACAAUGGAACAUGAACAUUUAGUGAAGGAGCAUGGGUUUGAGGUUCGACUGAAAGAGAUGGAAGUCACUAAUCGAAAUUCUACUGUUCAACUGAGACGUCUGUUGGUGGCUCAGCAAAAAGCAACAAACCGGUGGAAGGAAGAAACAAAGAAGCUUACAGAAACUACAGAAAUCAGGAUCAGUAAUCUGAAAAACAUAGUUACUCUGGAGGAGGAAGCUAUUCCAAGGACAUGGAGCUGCUCUCCUCUCCCACUCGCAAGCCUCAGUACCUUACUGGACCCGCCAGUAGCUCAGGAUCCAGUUUUUUUCAUCCAGUGAGUCAGUCUCUCCAGAAAAGCCUCUACCCUCUCAUAGAAAGAGAGGCCCAGACAGAAGCUCUAAGAGAUCAAAGUUCCAUCCUCUGACAAGAUGUAACUUUCCAAGAGACAGGUGGUACCCUGUCAAGAGGUCCUUGUUAUACAGGCUGUAUUGGAUCCCUUAGGAUUCUUAUGCUAGGCACCCAGAAUCAGAACAUGAACCUUACUUACCAUGUCCUUGCCAAGACCAACCAGCCUCGUUGAGUAUACAGAAGAUGAAGAUGAACCGGAUCCAUUGGUUCUGGAAGUGAUUUCAUCCUCUUUUUCCCAAAUGAUACUGUUACUCCAUCUUUACCAGCGCCGGUUGAUGGCUACAGGCAACAUCAGGAUACCUACAAAGGGUGGUAUUUGAGCUCCAGAUACAGCUUGAACUCCUAAGCUCUUCACCUCACACUCAAGUGCCUACGCAUGUUAAUUUAGAUAAAAAUGACAAGUGAAUUGAUCAGUUCAGCAAACAAACAUAUCGGACUGUCUCCAUUUAUCCCAGUCUUAUUCUUCAGCUUGUGGUGUUUUCAUCCCCAAAGACAGGUCUAUUAACUUUAAAUAUUAAAAAAAAAUGCCACAAGUAUAGAAUGUUUGAAUAGUGCUCUUUAGUUAUUGUGUAUUAGUGCAUGCAGUCAAUCCUAAUAACACAGACAUAAAACAAAAUAUACUAGGCAGUGUUUUCAAUGUGGAUAAAGUGCAUUCAUUUUUCACAUCAGCAAAAGAAUUGGUUUGUAUGCAUGUACACUAAUAUGAGAGUUAAAAUGUCAUUUUUAUAGCUAUAUUCAUUUUCUGAAAUGCAAGAUGUACUCAAGUAUACACAAAUGCUAAUGUGAUUCUUUAUCAGGAAGACAAAAAUUUCAAAUGUAAAUUUAAAAAAAGGAAAGAUUUUUGCUCUUACAGGUAUUGGGAAAUUUAAAACAUUUUCAUUUAACAGCUCGUUAAAAAGGGAACAUUAAAAGUUCACAAGCUUGGUUUUUUAAACUUCAGAUUAACCAACAGACUCGUCACACAUAAUUACAUGUCCUAAAAUGAGCCAUAAUGCUCCUGAUGUUCUUCUUGUAAUAGAUAACUGGUGAAUUUUUUGAAGCAUAACUUUUAUUUGUAAAUAUCAUUCAACCUUUUCUAGGUGCCAAACAGAAUGCUCUUAGUCUGAGUUGGAGCUGAGCCCAGGUCUCCAACUAGAACAGGGAAAAUAACCUCAGAAGUUUGUGUCCUACAAUAACUAUACAUUGCUGCUAACAUACAUACUGUUUAUUUCUCUUUCUAGAGAAGAAAGCAAACUUGUCUUCAUGUAAACACCACUAGUUUGUGUAAAGUACAGUAAAGCUAUCUCUGACCCGCAUUAACACUGGCAAUGUUUGGCAGCAUAACUCUGUUCCAAAGCUAUUUCUGCUUAACAGGAGCUAAGUUAACUUUUUCCUGCUGUACUUAGUAGGAAUUGAAUCUGAGAUAGCUGGGAAUAGAGAAGGCUUUGGAGACUGGCCAAUAAGCAGUGGAAGGUCGAGUGAGGAUCAGAGUAUGUCAUGGAUGUGGAAGGAAAACAGCAGAAAGGGAAGGGUUAUAUGGCCAAAUAUUGUAUAUUAAGGAGGAAAGCAAUGUGUCGGUGGUAAAAGAAUUGUUGAGAAGCAGGAGGGAGAGGAUGAUGGAUAGAACAGGAUUUGUGACUGGCUUUGACAAGAAGAGAAGAGAUAUACAUUGGCUAAUGAGAGGAUGGAACAAGACACACUAAAAAUGUACUUAAUUAUUAGUAUUUAUUGUGUUCGGGGCUUUAGCUAUGUAGUAAAUGACCAAUAGUAUCAUAGACAAUAGAAACUGAAAAGACAUUUAUAUUUUAGCCCUGAGUCUCCACUGUCCUGCACCUGAGUAGUUAUUUAUACCCUACAGAGUGGGUUAGAUUUUUCUCCCUUAUCUUUGUUAUAAUCUUAGUGGGUAAAAUAUUUUAAAUAGCAGUGAGAUUUUUUUUUCUCUUAGAUGAGAUUGUCUCUUUACGCAUCUAGCAUGUGUGUUUUGAAAAUACCUUACUGUGACUUUAAACUUUAGUGAAAUUUGAAUUUUUCAAAAGCAUCCUGCUUAAACAGUGGACAUAGUUUUAAUUGAAGACGUUCAGCACCUAACGUUAAUCAUUAUCUUCCAUGAGUGUGGCUGAUCAUCUUGGGUCUUCUCCCGUUUAAACCACUGUCGAAACUCGCAUUGACUUGAAUUGAAGCAAGAUUGUGCCCCUUAUUUAUUACAUAUUAAUGGUAUGAAACAUCACCACAUGGCCAGAUUUACAACACUGAAUUUUAAAUUUCAUUUUAGAUGACCUGUUAAUGAGAACAGAUACUUCUAGAGAGUUGCUAAAGUUUAGGAAAUGAAGCAACUUGCACAAUCUGUAUCGAAGACUUGCAGUGAUUUUUGAGAGAUUAAAAUUGUUGUUAAUGCUAUAACUACAGGAUUUUGUGUUGCCAAAAACUUUUCACAUAGAUUUAGCCCUCCAGAGAUAGCAAGCUGAAUGCUGAUCUAAAUAGUUUGAGUUUUAGGAUAGCUAUCCAGGGGUAAGCUUUAUGUACUCUUUUAAACCCACCAUAUACAGUAUUUUGGAAAGAUUUCAAUUUUUUCUUAGAGGAAGAGAAUCUUGUUUCACUUCAGAAAGAAACCAUCAAAACACACAGCUCUUACGUGAGGUGUAAUGAACAAUACAUCUCGUCUUCCAAGUUUGUAUGCAUUAACUUAUUUGUAUGCUGACUGUGUGUAAUUAGUUGACUCUUGCUGAUACUUUCUAUCAUCUAUUGUAAAUAUUUGAGUAGUGGAGAAAACUUGUUUUGUAGUGUUUUACAGAAAGAUAAUUUUAAACAAUUGCAUUUGUGUGAAUAAACUAAUGUAAUCUGGUGUUUACUCCCUGUAAAUGCACAUUGUAUCAUCUGAGCAUUAGCCAUUCAGUCAGCUAAAGCAACAUGUGAGCUGAAAGAGACGGGAAAAAAAACGUCCAAGAACAAAGAAACUAAUCAAAAUGUUCUUCUCA